AUGGGAUGGCGAUACAGGGACGGUCGACUGGAAAUCUUAGCUGCCAGCCACGCUGCUGUGCCCCAUUUCACUGCACCAUGGUGCGGCGUUAACGCUGGGUUUGCAGCACCGUUUUCCCCAUCCCCUCCUAUUAUUCUUAUUCUUUUGAGUAUUCUUCAUUGUCAAGCCGCCAAAGUGGAGAGUGUGAUUGCAGAAGGGGGUGCUUCUCGUUUCAGUGCUUCUUCGGGGGGAGGAGGUGGUAGGGGUGCACCUCAGCACUAUCCCAAGACUGUCGGCAACAGCGAGUUCCUGGGGAAAACCCCAGGGCAAAGCGUUCAGAGAUGGGUUCCUUCACGAAGCACUAGACGAGAUGUCAACUCCAGCAAUGAAAAAGAGCGACACGAUGCAAUCUUCAGGAAAGUGAGGGGCAUACUCAACAAACUCACACCUGAGAAGUUUGACAAGCUAUGCCUUGAGCUCCUGAACGUGGGCGUAGAUUCAAAACUCGUCCUUAAAGGAAUCAUCUUGCUGAUUGUAGACAAAGCCUUAGAAGAGCCGAAGUAUAGCUCGCUCUAUGCUCAGCUAUGUCUGCGCUUGGCAGAGGACGCACCAAACUUUGAUGGCCCUUCAUCUGAGAUCCAAACAUCCCAAAAGCAGAGCACAACCUUCAGAAGACUGCUGAUUUCCAAGCUUCAAGAUGAAUUUGAAAACCGCACCAGAAAUGUUGAAAUCUAUGACAAACAUGACAACCCUCUUACUUCUGAGGAAGAGGAGCAGCGUGCCAUUGCCAAGAUCAAAAUGCUUGGCAACAUUAAAUUCAUCGGGGAACUUGGCAAACUCGACCUCAUCCAUGAAUCUAUCCUUCAUAAGUGCAUCAAAACACUUCUGGAAAAGAAGAAGAGAGUCCAGCUUAAGGAUAUGGGGGAGGAUCUGGAAUGCCUCUGUCAGAUAAUGAGAACAGUGGGGCCGAGACUCGACCAUGAGAAAGCAAAGUCUUUAAUGGAUCAGUACUUUGGCCGUAUGCGAUCCUUAAUGAACAACAAGGAGUUGCCCGCUAGGAUCCGCUUCCUGCUGCAAGAUACAGUGGAACUGCGAGAAAACAACUGGGUCCCCCGCAAGGCUUUCAUCGACAACGGACCAAAGACGAUUAACCAGAUCCGUCAGGAUGCAGUGAAAGAUUUGGGUGUUUUCAUCCCAGCGCCCAUGUCUCAGGGGAUGAGGAUGGACUUCUUCCUGGAAAGCCCUUUCAUGCCCAACAGAAUGAAACUGGACAGGGAGACUCUCGGGGGAUUGGCUGACAUGUUUGGACAAAUGCCAGGCAGUGGGAUUGGAACUGGCCCGGGGGUUAUUCAGGACAGGUACUCUCCCACUAUGGGACGCCAUCGCACCAACCCGCUCUUCAACGGUCAUGGGGGCCACAUUGCCCCUCCACCACAGUCACAGUUUGACAUGGGGCCCAAGUCAUUUGUUAAGUCCAACCAGGUUCAGAACCAACAUUUCCUCAAUCAGAACCAGAACCACCUGGCCCAGCAGCAGGCCCAGUCUAAGGAUAUGCCUCCUCGAUUCAGCAAGAAAGGACAGCUCAAUGCAGACGAGAUCAGCCUCAGGCCUGCUCAGUCAUUCCUCCUCAAUAAGAACCAGGUGCCCAAGCUCCAGCCCCAGAUCCCCACCAUGAUGCCUCCCAGUGCCCAGCCUCCACGCACUCAAACCCCCCCUCUGGGACAGCCUCCACAGCUUGGCCUAAAGACCAACCCCCCACCCAUUCAAGAGAAACCUCAGAAGACAAACAAGAAACCACCUCCUGCCAGGGAGGAGCUUCUUAAGAUGACGGAGGCAGUUAUGGCUGAGUACCUCAACACUAAGAACCUGACAGAGGCUGUGAGCGGUGUGCGAGAGAUGAAGGCUCCGAAGCAUUUCCUGCCAGAGAUGCUCAGUAAGAUCAUAGUGUGUUCCCUGGAUCGUCCUGAUGAGGACAAGGAGCAUGCCAGCACACUGAUUCACAUGCUGCGCACUGAGGGACUCAUCACUGGAGAGAACUUCAUGCAGGCUUUCCUUACCGUCCUGGACCAGUGCCCUAAGAUCGAGCUGGACGUGCCUCUGGUGAAGUCCUACCUGGCCCAGUUUGCGGCCCGGGCCAUCAUCGCAGAGCUGGUGAGUGUGGCGGAGCUGGCUCACCCCCUGGAGAACGGCACCCACUUCCCCCUCUUCCUGCUCUGCCUGCAACAGACGGCCAAGCUGAAGGACCGUGAGUGGCUCACCGACCUCUUCCAGCAGAGCAAGGUCAACAUGCAAAAGAUGCUUCCAGAAAUCGAUCAGAACAAGGACCGCAUGCUGGAGAUCCUGGAGGGGAAGGGCCUGAGCUUCCUGUUCCCACUGCUGAAGCUGGAGAAGGAGCUGCUGAAGCAAAUAAAGGCAGACCCCUCUCCACAAUCCAUCUACAAGUGGAUUAAAGACAAUAUCUCGCCCAAGCUUCACACUGAUAAAGGCUUUGUCAACAUCCUCAUGACCAGUUUCCUCCAGUACAUCUCCCAGGAGCUGUGCGUGGCAGAGGGCGAUGAGCAGCUGGCAGCCCCCUCCAAAGAGCAGCUGGAACAGGAGAAACAGCUGCUGCUGGCCUUCAAGCCCGUCAUGCAGAAGUUCCUGCACGACCAUACCGAGCUGCAGGUCAGCGCCCUGUAUGCCUUGCAGGUGCACUGCAAUGCCAGCGGGUUUCCUAAAGGCAUGCUGCUGCGCUACUUUGUCAACUUCUACGACAUGGAGAUCAUUGAAGAAGAAGCCUUCCUUGCAUGGAAAGAAGAUAUUACCCAAGAAUUCCCUGGAAAAGGAAAAGCUUUAUUCCAGGUAAACCAGUGGCUCACCUGGCUGGAGACAGCAGAGGAGGAGGAGUCUGAGGACGAAGCAGACUGAGAAACCAAGCAGAAGUGUCAUGGCGUAGAUCGACCUAUCUUAUUAUUAGACUCGCCUUUCCUUUAUUAAACUCCAUGCUUAAUUUAACCACUACUACGUGGCACUCAGCUGCUUCUGUCUUGCAAAUAUAAACCGAAAGCUUGUACAUGUAGGGCCUCGUGCUACCACCCGCACCAUGACGAUAGGCUGAGAAGCAUUGUGUGAUCUGUUGCCUAAUGGAUGUUUGAUUUUUUUUUUUUUUUUUUUUUUAAAUCUUGUCCUGAUCGGCUACAUGAAUUCUUGAAGUCCAGAGUGGCUCAACCAUGUGUUUCUUUGUUUUUUGCUCUGAUUAUAUUAGGUUUGUAACUUUUUUUUUUUUUCACUGUAUUGCAUGUUUUUCAUUUCCACUCAAUUUUUACUGAUUUGAACCUCCCUCGCUAGGAAAUGUGUUUAUUUAAAAACAUGUAGGAUUUGCCCCUAAAUGAGUCAAAUUAGUGAUGCUCUUUGCUAAUGCUAGUUAAUAGCAUACAACAAUUAACAAAGGUGUUGUCAGCGAGCUGCUUUGUGAUCUUCUGUCAGGGUGGAUUCCCUUCCAUCACGCUCUGACGCAAUGCUUAAACACAGCAGAGCGAAGGCUGCAGAGAGAUCCAUAUAGUGAAAAUCAAGACAAUAUGUGACUUUCAGCCUUUGUUUCAGAAAGUGUGAAUGUCAAGAGGGUCUACUGAAGUGAGAAUGAAGCAUAAGCUGGCAAAAAUAUUUCAUAACAAAUUAAGGUGCGUGCUUAGUCAACCAAUGCUCACUAAACUUGUUCCGCUUUUUAUUUUUUAAAUAAAAGUGCUCUUCAUAGUUGCUGAUGAUGAGCAUGUUCUUUUUUUUAAAUAUAUAUAUAUAUAUAUAUAGAUAUAUAUACAUAUAUAUAUACAUAUAUAUAUAUAUAUAAUUUCUCCAUCAGGAGAUUUCUCCCUUUUGUAAUCUGUACCUCUUUGUUGUCUUUUAUUACAUGAGUGGUUGCAAUACUCAUCCUCCAAAUGUUACAAUAUUUUAAAAAGAACUGUAAUCAUUGGUGUGCCGCCGUAACGUUUCAAAGUUGCCUGUGUUUCUACCUCUUAGUUAGAUGGGCUUUUUGUUUUGUGCUGGGAUUAUAAUAAAGUCUACUAAGAAGAAUCUAAAGCCCGAGCAAAUGCUGAAGUAUUUGAUUUAGUCCUGACCUAAUUGCACAAAAAUUUAUUGAAGCUGACGUUUCCAAGAAAGCUUCACACAGUUUACAAGUAUUAAUAUUUAAAGAACGAAAGAAAUUUGUUUUUAGGAAUUCGGCAGCUCUUCUUUGAGAAGUGCACCUGUUAAAUGGAGGAGUUUCAGAGUUUUGUCUCCCACAAUUUAGAGUGGCAGUUUGACUGUGGCCUGUUUGAUUUAGAAAAGUGUUACUUAAAUUGGCAUUAUAGAAAAAAGAAAAAAAAAAAAAUAGGUUGUUGAUUUCCCCUCUCAAAAAUGUAACAGGUAAACAAAUGAUUAACAUGGAGUUUUACCCAAGAAUUGUGCUCACAAGCCAUGUUUAUGUAUAAGGCAAUGGAUCUGAAUCUUAUUGUAAGGUAUUCAUAAAUAUUGUGCACCUCUAUUGCUUUAAUGUCAAUAAAGUCCAGUACAUGAGCA